AUGUUUUCCGCCGGUCGAAGAAACUAUUGGAUUGAACGCGGACCCGAUGGCCGUCUUCGUGAGGCACGUGACGCUCCGGCUGAACCUGAGGCUCGCUACCGUUCCGCUGAGAAACGACCCGCCGACGACGAGGUAAUCAUAGAAGUAGCACCUGCAUCUCCGCACAUCGAUGCGCGGGAAGCGCGCCUCCGCGACAACUUGCCCAGCUUCAGCGAAGUGGACCGACUUCUGAACAUAUUUGUGGCCACCGGGCAAGGACACGGGGCCUUUGCAAAGGCCAAGAAGCAGGUCCAGGAAGAGGCGCGGAGGCGAUUCUUCGAACACUAUUACGGAGGACACGAUGAUGACUUCUAUGAUGGUUUUCCCGACUAUGGAGGCGGACCCGGUCCAGGAGGAGGACCGCCUGGCUUGAUAGUUGUUGACCGAAGGCCAUACAGUUCCAGACUAUCACGUUCGAGGAGGAGACCGCCAGGCGACAGACUAGACAGCCACAGUCGUCACCAUUCGGAGUCUUCCAGGAGCGAUAGUGAUAACGAUCGUUAUCCGUCAAGUGGGAAACGUCCAAAUAGACCUUCUGGUGGAGGACCAUCAACCAACGUAGAGGGAGAGCACAACGUCGUGCGGAACGUCCCAACCGCCAGUGGUCCGUCCUUGGUGCUCUCGAGAAGACCCGAAAGGCGAGCAGCCCUGCAAGUAUCAGAAACGAGACCUGAUGAGAUAGUGCCUGUAAAUCCACUUCAUGAGCGGCGGCAUGUCAUCAUCCAUCAGGAGGAGGAUGUCGCCGAAGAACAGGUCCUUCGCCCAGUCCGCAUGCCCCAGAGAUAUCAGCAAGCUCGCAGGUCAAUGCAGCCAACAGUGCAGGAUGUUUCGGAGGACGAAGACGAAGUCGCACUCGCCUCACUGCCUUCCGAAGAAGAUGAUUUGCGGAUGCAGCCCCCAGACCGCUAUGAACAGCAGGACAACCAUGCCGUUUUUGUUCGAAGAAGACGGGAUCAGAACCACCGCCUUGAUUCGGUCCGCAGACUAUCACCCAAUCGUCGUCACAGCCGACGUGUAAUCAUUCGAGGUGGCGGUGGCCCAGAGCAUACAUUUGAAGAAGACCCAAGUCGAAGUCUCGGCCGCAGAGUUAGGCUUCGGGGAGGGGGAGUUGCGAAUCCGCCAACGAAGACGAGCGCCGUGGGAGCCGAUGUUCUGGAUGAUUAUAACAGGGCCUCAAAACCCAUAGCCCUGUUCUUCUUCUCCAUCAAUAGAGGCAGGAUUAUAUCAAGCCACAGAAAGGAGCACUAUUGGACAUUCCGAGAACUCUACCCGCCUAGAGUUGGAGUUCCCACUGAUCUUGCCCAUCGUUCGGACGUAUGGCUGGUCGACAGAUUGAGAACGCAUUACUGGAUGAUCUGCCGCCGCGGUCAGCGCACGCUCUGGGACCUCGUUUCAAUGAGGACCGUCGGCUUUGCAACAUUUAUUCGGUUUGAACGUACAGUCAAAAGGAGCCAAGAUCCAGGGAAUUAUUUCGUCACAGCACUGGCUCCAGCAAUAUCUGCGGAAGGACAGGAAGCUGUCUCGCAUUUCGUAUAUUUGAUGAACAACCCCCUACAAAGGUCUAAGAUGAUGCUCUUCAUGUUGGACAGACUAGCAGGCUCGACCAAAUGGGCUAACGAUCAUAACGCUUUCUAUGCGGUGGAGAUCAAGGAGACGUUCGACACCAGGAAGAUCUAUAUCGUCCUGUUCCUCUUGAUCCUGAUCAGCACUGGAGCUGGCGUCGCCUAUGCGGUGGUCAGAUCCGAUCCUAGUACCGGCCUAUCAAUUGCCAGCUAUAUCCUGACAUGCCUUUCGCUCAUACUCGCCGUCGUUGCCGCAGGCGAGUGGCUUGGCCUCACAAAGCCUGACGCCUUCUCGUUCGCUUACGAUUGGGUGCAGAACAGAGUGGUCAGCAAGGAGGACGUUGACAACAUAACGGCGGGAAGGUGGUCGAGGAUGCCGUGA